CCACCGAACACACUUUUCCUGGUCCGUCUUUGUUCCACUUUGACACUCGCUUGUUUUUCGUAUACUUUAGAAAAAUGGCUUUGAAUUUAUAAACUUUAGAUUUGUAUUAUUUUAAUUAUCGUGAAAAGACUUUUUGAAUAAAAAUGUCGCGCUCCAUUCGUGCCGAAACUCGUAGUCGUGCCAAAGAUGAUGUUAAGAAGGUUAUGAAUGUUAUAGAUCGGGUUAGGCACUGGGAAAAGAAAUGGGUUACCAUUGGUGAUACUACCAUGAAGAUAUACAAAUGGGUGCCUGUAGCCAGCGAAUCCAAAAAAGGAAUAAAGCAUCAUAAAGACGCAAAUAAGGAAAACAUGGCACGUAAAAGCGCAGUUGAUAAUUCGAAUUCGAACUCAAAUUUUAGUUUAGCGGAAGAUUCAAAUACUUGUUUUUCAACUGUGAGUGAUUCGCAAGGCCCAACCGAUUUUUCAUCUUCUCAUAUGACAUUUUCGGAGGAUUCCAACUCGCAAGGAAGUGAAAUGGCUGUGAAAAGACUGAAGACAGACUGAAUCCAUUAAUAGAUUGUAUUUUAUAUUUGUAACUGAUUUUUGAAAGUUGCAUUUUUUAUUAUAUGGAAGUGAGUUUUGCAACUAAACUAAGCCAGUUAGUGUAAUAGCCGAAAAUACUCAAUGAAGGAAUAAAUGUGAAGAGAUUGACCAAGGGUUUUCGGAUCCUUCAUCAAAUUCACAAGAUGCCUUGGUUUAGUUGCAAAAUGGCACAAAUGUUUCAGUAAGUAUCGAUUAUUUUACAAAAAUUGUAUAGAAGUCUAAUUUAUUUUUGACUAGGUUUUUAUUGUGUAACAGGUCAGGAUUGAAAAAAUAUAAAGUAUAUAUGAAAAA